AGACUUUGGAAUCACACAACGCCAGCCGUUUCCGGUCGCAGCUACUUUACUAGUACGUACGAGCAAAACAGGCAACAAAACGGAGCCCAUCACGUCAACCAUCUUUUAGUAAUACUAGUGAGGCGCUUCCAUGCAUUCUUCCAUUUCAUGUUUCCACAGUCCGCGGACUUGCUCCCUCCCUCCCGUCCCUCCACCGAAACUUGCGACAGCAGACCUACCUACGUAACCAAGUACUUUAAACUACGUACUUUGUAUGUACUAAGUUAGGUAGUUAGUCAGUGCGUCAUCCACGUAUCCGUGCUGCUCCUCCGCGGAUAGCUACCUCUUCCUCUUCCCCUCCUCCUCAAGCUCCUUCUAUCCCUCCCAUCCUCAUCGUCUCCCGCAAGACUUCCCCAAGUAUUACCACUUCGGUAUCGCGCCGCAACACAGGCGCUCUCGCUCCCAACACGAUGGCCUCCAUCUUCAACCACCUGCCGCCCUUCCUCACCCGCCUCGUCCGCCCGCUCGCCCAGCCCGCCCGCGGCCUCUCCGUUGCGGCACCCGGCGACGCCUCGUCGUCGCACGCCCCCGGCGAGAUCCCCGCCGGCGCCCAGCGCUGCACCGUCGCCGCCGGCUGCUUCUGGGGCACCGAGGCCCUCUACCGCCGCCACUUUGCCGGCAAGGGCCUCGUCGACUGCAAGGUCGGCUACAUUGGCGGCAACCUCGACGACCCGACCUACCGCGCCGUCUGCGGCGGCAAGACUGGACACGCCGAGGCCGCGCAAAUCAUCUUUGACCCCUCCGUCGUCUCCUACGCCACCCUCCUCGAGUUCUUCUUCCGCAUGCACGACCCCACCACGCUCAACGCCCAGGGCCCCGACACGGGCCCCCAGUACCGCUCCGCCGUCUACUACCACGACGCCGAGCAGGAGGCCGUCGCCCGCCGCGUCCUCGCCGCCGCCGACGACCAGUGGUGGAAGGGCCGCGUCGUCACCGAGCUCGCCCCCGCCGGCAAGUGGUGGACCGCCGAGGAGUACCACCAGGAGUACCUCGACAGGAACCCCGGCGGCUACGAGUGCCCCAGCCACUUCCUCAGGUCGUUCCCGCCCCUCAAGUACUGACUCGCGCGUGGCCAUUGCGGAGGGCAAGGGCACCUGUAGCUAUCAAGGGUCAGGGGCGACGGCGGGUCACGGGUGGAGUGAGCACUGCCAUGGUCAGGGCAAGACGUUUGGGCGGCGAGCGUUGACUACGUGUGAGAGAGCGCGCGGGGAUGGCAGGGUCACUUGGACAUCGGGCAUUUCACGGGGCUGCGGAGGAUGGGAAAGAAACGCAGUGCGAAAAGCCCAUGCAGGCGUUCCUUGGGGCGU